AUGUAGUAGAGAGAGAAUAGUGAAGAAUUUUUAUUUAUUUUUUUAUUUUUUUUUUAUCAUUGGUGGGAUAAAAAUAUGAUCACAAAAAUGCUCAUGAGUUGGAAGAGAGAGAAAGUGGGUAGAGAAAGAAUGAGGAAAUCAAUUUUUGCUCAUGGUUGAUAGUGCUCUCAUUAUGCGUAAAGUCGACUUUACAUUUUUUUUAGCAAUUGGAUUAGAAAACACUCUCGAAAAGUUUAGAUUGGACGCAGGGAAUAAUAAUAUAUAAUAAAUGAUCAGUGUAUUUGGUGCAUUUUUAAACCGACAUCUAAAUUCAAAAGUAUAUGGUGCAUUUAAAAGUGUUCAAGGAUACACGGUGCAUUAUAAAACCUCAUUGAUACACGAAACAAAUUUUUUGGUUACGAGAUUUUUUUUUUUUUUGCAAUGGGCACACCUUUUCAUUGAUUAAUUUUAAUUUUAAUUUUUAGGAAGAUCUGGCUGUUAUUAAAACGUAGUACAGUACUAUAUAAAGCGGACAAAAUGGCGAAAAUAGAAUCCUGUACGAAAAAACUUUACAGAUUUUAAUACUAACUGACGAACAAGAGAGAGAAAAUCAUAGAGUGAAGGUGCAGUGAAGCAUUUGUAUGUCAAGAUAAUCAUGGCGUCUUCUUCAAGCGACCCCAAAAUUCCUCCUCUUCUUCCAGUCGAGUUCACCAAAGCCUCCAAUGGCCUUGACAAGGUCAUUCUUCGCGAAGCUAGUGGCGUCUCUGCCGAGGUUUACCUCUAUGGAGCUCAUGUCACUUCUUGGAAGAAUGAGAAUAGGGAGGAAUUACUUUUCGUAAGCAGCAAGGCUAUCUUUAAGCCCCCCAAACCAAUUCGUGGAGGCAUACCUAUAUGUUUCCCUCAGUUCAGCAAUCAUGGAAUGCUUGAAGCUCAUGGAUUUGCCAGAAAUAGAGUUUGGAAAGUUGAUCCUGAAUCACAACCUUCUCCUGCAAACACAGCUAACAAGUCUUACGUUGAUUUGCUGCUGAAACCUUCUGAAGAUGAUCUGAAGAUUUGGCCUCACAUUUUUGAAUUUCGUCUGAGAGUAACCUUGGCCCCUGGAGGAGAUCUGAUGCUGACAUCACGAGUUAGAAACACUGAUACAAAGCCAUUCAACUUUUCAUUUGCUUAUCACACCUAUUUCUCUGUUUCUGAUAUCAGUGAAGUCCGGGUAGAAGGAUUGGAGACUUUGGAUUACCUUGACAACACGAAGGGCAGGGAGCGCUUUACUGAACAGGGGGAUGCCAUCACAUUUGAAGGAGAAAUUGACAAGAUAUAUCUAAGCACACCCUCUAAGAUUGCAAUCCUGGAUCAUGAAAGGAAAAGGACAUUCGUGAUUCGUAAAGAUGGACUACCAGAUGCUGUGGUAUGGAAUCCCUGGAACAAGAAAGCUAAGGCAUUGGCUGAUUUUGGAGAUGAUGAGUACAAGCAUAUGCUGUGUGUGGAACCUGCUGCAAUUGAGAAGCAGAUAACGCUCAAGCCGGGUGAGGAGUGGAGAGGCAGGCAGGAACUAUCUGCCGUUCCAUCUAGCUAUUGUAGCGGGCAGCUUGAUCCUCUGAGAGUUCUACGAGGAAGCUGAAGUUUUGUUGUCGUCAACGUCCUGUACAGAUGGGUCUUUGUGGAGCUCUUUGCAUAUUGAAGUUGGAAUAGUGAGGUGGAAUUCAUCAGGUUUCUAUUUUCCUGUUUUUUCUACAAUGGGUAUAUGGCGGAUUUUUGAGUCAAGAACUUGGUCAAAUAAUGUUUCGUUAUAAUUGGAUGGCUAUUUUUGGUGGCAUGUCAAAGCGGAACACUUGCGCUGACUAUCAAUACACCACUAAUUGUGGUUACAGAACUUGCAUAAUGUAAUAUCUUUGUAGUAGAUGGACAAAGCUCUUGCUUUCCUUUUUGACCUAAAUUUUGAAAGCAUGAAUUUUGAGACAUAUAGAUCUUUUACAAAUAUUACCUAUAAUUUUUUUAAUUUGAGUUGCACAGGGCAUGGUUUAUGAUGUUCAGGAAUGGAUUAUUGCCUUAUUGGGGAUAUAAUCCCUAAGUGCAGGAAACAGGGUAAUAAGUUGAAACAGUGUCGUCUGUUUCUUGUAAAUUGCACCAUUCAGUUUUUUCAAGAAUGGAUAUUACUCUUAAAGAUGUUGCAGUGAUCAAAUUUGUCUGGGAAAGA